AGGGCCGCUCAGGCGGAAAAACCUCACAAUCCCGAGGCGACCUAGGGCUUCCCCGGGAUCCUAAUGUCCCUCUCUCCUGCCGCUUUGCCCAGUCCGGGUUCUUCUUCGCCAUUUUUGGCACCGCCCGCUCCAUCGCGGAUGCACAGCACCCGGCUCCCUAGAUGCCAGCUAAUGAGCUCAUAAACACAAACAGCGGGAGACACUCGCAACAAGGUCCAGCACCAGGAAACGGAAAAGAUUACAAGCCAGUGCCGCGCCGCUUUGGGAGGUGAACGCGAACGUUCUUGGAAGGUUUAUUUUAUUUUUUUUUUUUUUGCUGUCUCAGAAGGUUUAACACUGUCAUUCACCUGACCCACCAAGAGCUCCCCAUUCGCGGCACUGUCAGGAUUUAACACUUUCGGCCUGGUUCGGGGUUCUCUGAGUCGGUCAGCCCGGAGUUCGAGGCCUCGACCACCACUGCGGGGCAGCGAAAUGAGCCUGAAGGAAGAAAGGCGUUCCCUGACAAGGAUGCGCCAGAGGCAGAGCAGUACGGUGUGAAGAAGGAGACUCCUGGAAAAGAGUUGCCCAUCCUUCCUAAGGAAAACUGCGGCGACUCUAUUUAAAAAGCGUCGGAGAGGCGGAUCCUAGCUACGCCCUUCUCUUCCAGUUCCGCUCCCUAGACUGCGGCGAGAAGUGGGGCGGAGCUUUAGGCCUGGGCCAAGAUGGCGGCUGCGAAGCCAACCUUCACGGACUCGCUCUCGUUAUGCCUCGCGCAGCUCGCGGCGGCGGCCGGGGAGGGUCUGAGUGGGGAAAAGGACUCAGCUAGCAACGAGACACCCUUGAGCCGUGCGCUGUUUGUUCUCCGCACGCGCCACAUCAAAGCAGCGGGGGGAAUCGAGCGCUUCCGGGCACGCGGCGGGCUCCGCCCCCUCCUGGCGCUACUAAGGCAAGCGGCUGCUGCGGGCCCCGCCCCAUCCCAGGCCGGUCCUGGCCCCGCCCCCUCGUCUGACGCGUCAGAUGCUGCUUCUGGUCCUACCCCUUCAUCGGACUCCGCCCCCUCCGGUGGGUCGUCGGCACAGUCGCAGCCAGUGCGCCUGCGGAAGACUCUGGACUUGGCUCUUAGCAUCUUAGCCAACUGCUGUACGGAAGGGGCGUGCCGAGCUGAAGUGCGCAGACUCGGAGGCAUACUCCCUUUGGUGACCAUUCUUCAGUGUGUGAAGACAGACAGCAUCCAGAACCGAACAGCCCGUGCUUUGGGGAACUUAGCCAUGGAACCCGAGAGUUGUGGGGACAUCCACUCUGCUGGUGCUGUUCCCCUGCUUGUUGAGAGCCUGACAGCCUGCCAGGACUCACAGUGCCUGCAGAGUGUGGUGCGUGCCCUCCGCAACCUGGCAGACUCACCCCAGCAUCGCCUUGCCCUAGCACAGCAGGGAGCAGUGCGGCCACUGGCUGAGCUCCUGGCUACUGCUCCAGACUCUUCACUGACCUCAGCCCUAGUCCGUGCCCUCCUGGAACUUAGCCGAGGUUGCUCCCGGGCCUGUGCUGAGCAGCUAAGUCUGGGUGGGGGAUUGGGCCCACUUGUCAGCCUGGCUUCCCACCCCAAACGGGCAGUACGAGAGGCCACCAUUCUAAUCCUUGCCAAUCUAUGUGCCCAGGGCCUGGUACGCCCUGCACUAGGCAAUGCUGGUGGUGUGGAAGUGCUACUAGAUGAGCUCCGACGGCGUCGGGGCCCUGCAGGGGCCAGCCCAGCCUCCCAGCAGCCCCUGGUGCGGGCUGUGUGCCUCUUGUGCCGGGAGGCCAUCAACCGGGCCCGGCUGCGGGAUGCUGGUGGUUUGGAGCUGUUGAUGGGCCUGCUGAGGGAUCCUCGUGCCAGUGCCUGGCACCCUCGUGUUGUGGCCGCCCUUGUGGGCUUUCUCUAUGAUACUGGGGCCUUGGGCAGGCUACAGGCUCUGGGACUUGUACCUCUCCUGGCUGGGCAGCUGUGUGGUGAGGCUGGCGAUGAAGAAGAAGAGGGAAGAGAAGCUGCUUCCUGGGACUUCCCUGAGGAGCGGACCCCUGAGCGGGCAGAAGCUGGAAGCUUCCGAAGCCUCAGGUCGUGGCUGGUCUCCGAGGGCUAUGCUGCUGGCCCUGGAGACCUCUCUCCAGACUGGUCUCCUGAGCAUUGUCCACCACCAGAGCCAGUGGAGCCAGUCAGCCCCACCCCAGCUCCGCCCUCACCACGGACACCAAGCACACUGCGGACACCAAGCACACUGCGCACUCUGGGCCGCAGCCCUGCCACCUCCACCGAGGAGCCUUGGGGACGAGAGGGGCCUGCUCUGUUGCUUCUGUCACGCUUCUCCCAGGCUCCUGACCCAAGUGGGGCACUGGUGACCGGUCCUGCACUGUGUGGCCUACUAGCUUAUGUGACCGGUGCACCUGGUCCACCAAGCCCGCGUGCUCUGCGCAUCCUGGCACGCCUCACCUGCAACCCUGCUUGCCUCGAGGCAUUUGUGCGCAGCUAUGGUGCAGCACUGUUGCGCGCUUGGCUGGUGCUUGGUGUUGCACCAGAUGACUGGCCCGCACCUCGUGCGCGGCCUAUUCGCCGAAGCCAGCACCGAGAGCUAGGUGAGAUGCUGCUGCAGAACCUGAGUGUACAGGCCGAAUCACCCUUUGGAGUAGGUGCCCUCACUCACCUGCUGCUCUCUGGGAGCCCUGAGGACCGUGUGGCCUGUGCGCUGACCCUGCCCUUCAUUUGUCGGAAGCCUUCUCUGUGGCGCCGGCUACUUCUGGACCAGGGCGGCCUCCGACUUCUACUCACAGCACUAACUCGGCCUGCUCCACACCCACUCUUCCUCUUCUUUGCUGCAGACUCCCUCUCUUGUCUGCAUAGCCUGGUGUCUCCCACUGUGAGCCCAGCACUCCCACCUGUAACCCCCUUGGAUCUAGACCCACCCUCCCCUUGCCUCUAUAAACCUCUGCUGGGCCCAUCCCCCAUCCCAGCUCCUGACCUGUAUUUCCUACUGGAUUCAGGCCUACAGCUCCCUGCCCAGCGAGCUGCUGCCGCUACUGCCUCUCCUUUCUUCCGGGCUCUGCUAUGUGGUAGCUUUGCUGAAGCCCAAAUGGACUUAGUACCUCUGCGAGGCCUGUCACCCAGUGCAGCCUGGCCUAUCCUGCAUCAUUUGCAUGGCUGCCGGGGCUGUGGGGCUGCCCUGGGGCCUGUGCCCCCGCCAGGAUAUCCCUUGCUGGGCUCAGAGGCUGAGGAGGCACUGGAGGCUGCUGGUCGUUUCCUGCUGCCUGGGCUGGAGGAGGAGCUGGAAGAGGCUGUGGGCCGCAUCUACCUGGGGCCACAUGGUGGUCCAGAGUCAGUGGGUGAGGUGUUCCGCCUGGGCCGGCCCCGGCUGACUGCCUACUGUGCCCGCUGGACACUGGGGCCAGGGCAGUGCCCAAGGAAGCGGGCCCUGGCCCUGGUGGGGCUUGUGGAGGCAGCAGGUGAGGAGGCAGGACCCCUGACUGAGGCUUUACUGGCUGUGAUGAUGGGGAAUGAGUUAGGGAUAAAGGUCCCAACCUAAACUGUUGAUGUCCCCUGGGAGGGGAUCCAAGGAUGAAUUGACUAUGAAGGAGACCUUCCUCAGAUUGGUUAGGGAGGAGGCUGAGCAGGAGUCACCAUCAAAAACCCAUGAGAAGAUGGAACUGGACCCCCCAGGAUGAUGCUGUGGACUCCUCUUGCCUGCAAGGCCUGGUCUCUCCCACUGUGAGCCCAGCUUUCCCACCUGCAAGCCCCUUGGACCUAGACCCACCCUCCCCUUGCCUCUGUGAACCUCUGCUGGGCCCAGCCCCCAUCCCAGCUCCUGACCUGCACUUCCUACUGGACUCCGGCCCACAGCUCCCUGCCCAGCAAGCUGCCUCAGCUGCCACAGGAUGAGGAUCUGAAGACAAGGCCAGGGUCUGGUCAUGGGGCUCAAGAGAGGGAGAACAGCCCAGGGCCCCAUGUACCUGGCUUGGCCUAGCCCCCUGGAGUUGAGAUUAAAAACUGUGGAGUUGGA